CUGGAAGAAGCCAUCAAACGUCGUUCAACGUUUGGCCUGAUCUGAUCCAAUUCCGGUUCCCACGACCAUAAUGAGUCUGCGCCUUUGCCUGCUGGCCACCUGCCUCCUGGUGGCGGCCCAUGCCUCCAAGGAUGGCUCCAACAGCCAGCUGAAGCCCACCAAGUGGCUGACCGCCUCCGAGCUGGAGAACGUGCCCUCCCUCAACGACAUCACCUGGGAGCGUUUGGAGAACCAGCCCCUGGAGCAGGGUGCCAAGAUGAUCGAGAAGAUCUACCACGUUGGCCAAAUCAAGCACGAUCUGACCCCCAGCUUUGUGCCCAGCCCCAGCAACGUGCCCGUCUGGAUCGUGAAGUCCAACGGACAGAAGGUUGAGUGCAAGUUGAACAACUACGUGGAGACGGCCAAGGCACAGCCCGGUUUCGGCGAGGAUGAGGUCACCAUUGUCCUGACCGGUCUGCCCCAGAGCAGUCCCGCCCAGAAGAAGGCCAUGCGCAAACUGGUCCAGGCCUACGUCCAGAAGAACAACCUCCAGCAGCUGCAGAAGAACGCCCAGGAGCAGCAGCAGCAGCUCAAGAGCAGCGACUACGACUACACCAGCAGCGAGGAGGCCGCCGACCAAUGGAAGUCCGCCAAGGCCGCCAGCGGCGAUUUGAUCAUCAUCGACCUCGGCUCCACCCUGACCAACUUCAAGCGCUACGCGAUGCUGGAUGUGCAGAACACCGGUGCCAUGAUCGGCCAGACCCUGAUCGAUCUGACCAACAAGGGUGUGCCCCAGGAGAUCAUCCACCUGAUCGGCCAGGGAAUCAGCGCCCAUGUCGCCGGAGCUGCUGGCAACAAGUACACCGCCCAAACCGGACACAAGCUGCGUCGCAUCACCGGUCUGGAUCCCGCCAAGGUGCUGUCCAAGCGUCCCCAGAUCCUCGGUGGUCUGUCCCGCGGCGAUGCCGACUUCGUUGAUGCCAUCCACACUUCGACCUUCGCCAUGGGCACCCCCAUUCGUUGCGGCGAUGUUGACUUCUACCCCAACGGACCCUCCACCGGUGUUCCCGGAUCCGAGAAUGUGAUUGAAGCUGUGGCCCGUGCCACCCGCUACUUUGCCGAGUCCGUGCGUCCCGGUAGCGAGCGCAACUUCCCCUCCGUUCCGGCCAACUCCCUGAAGCAGUACAAGGAGCAGGAUGGCUUCGGCAAGCGCGCCUACAUGGGUCUCCAGGUCGACUUCGAUCUGCGCGGUGACUACAUCCUGGAGGUCAACCCCAAGAGCCCCUUCGGUCAGCGUACCCCCGCCCACAAGCAGGCCGCCUACCACGGCGUUCACCACGCCCAGAACUAGGGCGCAUAUGGCCCCGCCCCCUGGAAAACCAGGGAAGUUCGAUCGCCACGCACUUUCUGAUACUCAGAAAAUGGAAACCCGAAAAGCGUAGUUUAGUUUAGAAGUUCCAUCAAACAACCAAAAAAAGAAAAACCUAUAAAAUCCCAUAAAAAUAAAGCUGCAAAUUUUCGAAAAGUCGAGUUUUUUUAAUUAAUGGUAUUAAUUUGAUAUAGCCAACGGAUAUACAUAUGUACAUACAAUCAGGGAUUUUAAAACAAACAUAAAUACGCAUAUUUAACAUAGUAAAUCGCACAAAGAACUUAAGUGAGCUAAUAAUAAAAAGAUAAAUGCACCUAUCAUAGGUGAUCUUAAGCAGAUGCUUCACCAAAAAACAACAUGAUAAAUAAAGCAAACAAAGAGUGCUUAAUUACCGUUAUGACACCUAAUGAAAGUGUAUAGAUUGCAGAUAAUAAAAAAGCCCGAACCAAAUUUAAA